AUGCCGUUCCUCUGCUGUGGAUCCCAGGCGAAGGUCGACGCCGACCCUGCUGAGAUUUACUUCCCGCCCAAGCAGGAAAGCGACGGACAGCAGCAGCAAAAGCAGCGCCAAGAUCAGAUAAAGCAGCAGGUCACGCCGCCAGAAAGCAAAGAAUCCGAAAAGCCGAAAGGAGCCAAAGAGCAGAUACAACAACAGGAAGAGCCUGAGCUGGCUACACCGGCGCCGGCACCGGAGGACGGCCAACCCCAGGAAGAGUCAGACCUGAAACAAGGACCCGAGAUUUCAGACCCGAAGAAGCAGUCGGAGCAAGCAGAAGACCAGACACCAAGCCAAGGAGAUACGAAAUGCGAGAGGCAUGCAUCAGCAGCUCAUAUCGAAGCGGAAGUAGGAUCUUUGCGUGAGACUGGGAAGAUCAAAGAUACUGGAGCAGGAAGUGAAACGAUGGAUACUGUGGAGGGGGCAUCUGCACCUUCGGAAGGGGAAGCCGGAAAGGGAGACGCACAUAUCGAUGCGGCAGAUACCAAAGGCGAUUCCGAUUUUCCUUCCGAGAACGCCGAAGGAAGAAAGGGAAAGACGACGGAAAAUGAUGCUCGGGCGGGACACGCGGACAUGGCUGUCGAUGAGCAAGAAUCUGAAGGGUCGUCCGCGCCCGCGACCUGCCCUUCAGGGGAAGAGGCUGCCGCGCGAAGGGAGCUCUCUGCGAUGGAAGUCAACGUGCACGUGGCGGUGACUAGUGUCAUUAUGGAAGGAAUCGAAGAGCAUGUUUGCGAACUCGAGCUGCCGCCGGUGGACGGCAACAUGUUCGUGGCUGUGACCACGCCAUCCAUUGUAUCAGAAUCAGUCACGUCUGUUGUGGAAAACACCAAAAACAAAGAAGAACAAAUACUCUAUGGGAACGAAGCGAAACAACUGCCUCAGUACACAGCAGAGCAGAUGAGAGAACCGAAAGGCAAUUCCUCUGGCGCAAAACAAUCCGAUCGCGUCGGACAUUCUGAAGAAGGGGCGGAAUCCCACGCAGGAGAGGCGAAGGACUCGCCGUGCGCGAGUGGCCCCGCCAGCGAGGCCGAGGAGGAGGUGGGAGAGAGCGCGACCCCAGGCCUCGAGGGGCGAGCGCGGCCAACGAGCCCAGGCGCGGGGAGCGGAGAGCAUCCGUCGGGCGAACAUCCUGUAACGCUUGGCGCCGGUGACGAAAUGGAGCCGGUCGGGGAGCGGAGGCGGCGACGCGACCGGCGCCAGCGAAGGCCCCAGAGGAGCGCCUCGGGCGACGACGACACCUCCGACGAGGACGAGGUCGUGCCGCUCCGGAGGAAGAAGGCAUAA